UCGCAGGGAUGGGGAUGUCGGGCGAAUACGACAGCGGCAGUUUGCUCUCUGUCAGUGUCAGCGAGGGAACUCCGCUGCGAGUCAAUUAAUUGGAGCUGUACGGAAAUGCACAGUGUGGUGUUGAGAGUGUGUUUGUCCCGCAAUGAUCCGCAGAUCUCCCCAGCAGUGGGACCUAAGGGCCGCCUGGAUCCUCACCGUCACUACCCUCAUGAGCGCUCACUCCACCGGAGGAUCACCGCUGCUCCCACAGCCUGAGGUUUUUCUGGAAAAGUACGGCUACCUCCAUCAGGACGACCAUAUCCACAAUGCAGUAGAGGUGAAGUCAGCCGUUCGCGAGUUCCAGUGGCUGUCCCGGCUUCCUGUCACAGGUGAACUUGACAGCGCCACCCUGAGGCAGAUGGCGGAGCCUCGCUGUGGAGUGUCGGAUGAGGGCAGCCACCAGAUCUGGGCUCUGAGGGUGAACGGCAUCUUUACUGGAAAGAGAGUCACGGCAGGACGCAGGAAACGCUCUGUCACACAAGUGGAGAAAUGGUACAAACGCCACCUGACUUAUCAGAUCGUGAACUGGCCUCGUCAUCUGUCCCUGGGCUCGGUGCGUCUGGUGGUGCACGCGGCUUUCCAGCUGUGGAGCAACGUGUCGGGCCUGGUGUUCCAGGACGCCCCUGAAGGACCUGCAGAUAUCCGGCUGGCUUUUUACGAGGGAGACCACAAUGAUGGCGUCAACAAUGCCUUUGAUGGACCAGGGGGAACUCUGGCUCACGCCUUCCUGCCGCGCCGGGGCGAGGCCCACUUCGACAAGGCGGAAAGGUGGACGCUAAACGGACACAAAGGACACAACCUUUUCAUGGUGACUGCCCACGAGAUCGGACACACACUGGGACUGGAGCACUCCCCGGUGCGCCACGCCCUUAUGUCGCCUUAUUACAGGAAACUGGGACGCAACCUGGUGCCGAGCUGGGACGACAUCAUUGCAGUGCAGCAGCUGUAUGGUAAACCGUCAGGAGACCGCGCCAUGAGGCUGCCGGGUCAGGUUUUACACGCUGCGCUGCAGGAGUGGGAGUUCAGAGAGCUUCACGACAGACAUAAAAGCACAGACCAGCCUUUCUACUGCCAUGGUGUCUUUGAUGCCAUCACUAUGGACCAGAACGACACGGUGCUGGUGUUUCGGGGCAGUGUGUAUUGGACAGUGUCGGCUGAGGGCAGAGUCACUGGUCCUCUGCAUCUCCGCCAGCGCUGGUCUGACCUCCCGCCUGCCAUCGAGGCCGCUGCCUUCUCCCCACUGGACUCCAAGUGGUAUUUUUUCAAAGGGAAGCGGAUGUGGCGUUACACGGACAGCGUGCUGGACUCUGGCUUCCCCAGGAAAAGCAGUGAGUCGGGGCUGCCGAACCACCCCGACAGCGCCUUCUACUACUCUCCUCUGGGUCACAUGGUCCUCUUCAAAGGCUCACGCUACUAUGUGCUGAACCUCAGGACCCUGCACCAAGAGCCCUACUACCCGCGCAGGCUCACAGACUGGACUGGCGUGCCACAGGGGACCAAUGGGGCACUGACCCGUCCAGGCGGACACCUCUACUUGUUCAGAGAACAUCGCUUCUGGACGUUUGACCCGGUCAAGGUGCGAGUCACCAGAGAGGGUCGGUGGGCUAAGGAUCUGAGCUGGACUGGUUGCAGCAACACACCUCAGAACAACAACAUCCUUUGACCAGCAGAUGGAGUCGUCAGCUUGAUAAAGUGCAAUUUUUUGUAGCCUGAAACCCACAUUAUGUAAGUACUUGCAGAUGCAAACUCAUUUAUAUUGUAUUUAUAAUGCAGAGCAAUUAAUAUUACUGUAUGCAAAAGUGCAAAUGUGGCUAUUUUAAUCCAGUUUAGACAACAGGGAUUAAGAACUGUUUUAGGUCGGGAUGAAACCACAAAGGUGGUGUAGUUGCACACAGAGAGAAACCAAAAGAUUUUAUCAGCUCUUCCACAUUGUCACUAAAAUACUGUAUGUAAGAUAUUGUAUAAAUAAUUAAUAUUAGCCUGUGACUGUCUGCUCUCCUGAAAUCUUCAUCACUGAGGAUUCAACAGUUGAAUAUGAUGAGUCCGUCGGAAGGUGAGUGAUGAAGUGUGAUGGAUAGUGACUGUGACGGAUAGCCGUGUGAUUAAACAUCACAAACCUCUGAGCUUUUCAGCCCGUCGGUACAUUACCAUUAGUUUUGUUUUUUGUUUUUUUUACAUAAAAAUCUACAUGAAAAUACGAGUGAACCCUAAACCUUUGUAAUGUGACGUCAGAAUACACUUUAUAAUAUGAAAACAGCAUUAACCAUUUUAUUCAAGUGUUUUUAGAUACUACGUUUGAAGACAUUUCUCUGCAUCACUGAACAGUUUGAAAAUAUUAAAUGUCAAAGCUAAAGCUUCCAGACUAA